AUGGGGAGCUGCUGGCUGCUCCUCGCCGCGCUGCUCGCCCUGGGCGCCCGGGCCAGCCUGGAGUACGAGGGAUCGGGAUAUUCACUCCUUGAAGAUGAUGAGGAUGUUUAUGCACGCAGUAGAUACAAAGAAACACCGUGGUGCUCCCCCAUUAAAGUGAAACAUGGUUAUGCAAACUGCAGGACACCUCAAGGGGAAUAUUACAAGAAUGUGCUGGGCACAAGAUGUGAUAUUCGCUGUCAGAAAGGCUACGAACUGCAUGGCCCUCACCAGCUCAUUUGUCAGUCAAGCAAACGCUGGUCUGGGAAGGUGCUGUGCAAACAAAAGCGUUGCCCUACCCUGUCCAUGCCAACCAACGGGGGCUUCAAGUGUUUGGAUGGUGCCUACUUUGGCUCGAGGUGUGAGUACUACUGCUCCCCAGGGUACCAGCUGAAGGGGGACCGCAUCGUCACCUGCAUGGAUAACAAAGUCUGGAGCGGCCGGCCAGCCGCCUGUGUCGAUACUGAACCUCCGAGGAUCCAGUGCCCGAGCGUGAAGGAGAAAACCGCAGAGCCCAACAAGUUGACAGCCAGAGUGUUCUGGGACACCCCGGAGGGGCGAGACACUGCUGACGGGAUUCUGACAGAUGUUAUUUUGAAAGGCCUGCCACCAGGGUCACAUUUUCCAGAAGGCGACCACAAAAUCCACUAUACUGUGUACGACAGAGCUGAAAACAAAGGCACCUGCAAAUUUCUUGUUAAAGUCAGAGUCAGGCGCUGUGUGAAGUUAAAUGCCCCAGAUAAUGGCUACAUCAAAUGCUCAGGUGAUGGAAAUAACUAUGGUGCUACCUGUGAGUUCUCCUGCAUUGGUGGCUAUGAGCUGCAAGGAAGCCCAGCCCGAGUCUGCCAAUACAAUUUGGGGUGGUCAGGAGUGGAGCCAACCUGUGCACCUAUGAAUAUUAAUGUGAAUGUUAGGACUGCAGCUGCACUUCUGGAUCAAUUUUAUGAGAAGCGGAGACUGCUAAUUAUUUCAACUCCUACUGCAGCUACCUUCUUCUACAGGAUGCAGCUGGGGAUGCUGCAGCCGGCACAGUGUGGGUUAGACCUGCGACACGUCACCGUGGUGGAGUUGGUUGGUGUCUUCCCAGCACUGAUAGGAAGAAUAGGAGUGAAGCUGCUGCCCCCAUCACUUGCCCUGCAGCUCAGGCUGCUGCUGAGGAUCCCCCACUACAAUUUCAACAUCGUGGUGAUGGACAAGCACGGCAUGGACAAGGAACGCUACCCUUUCCCAGCAACACCUGCUGAGCUCUUUGCCCUUAUUGACAAAUUCCCCUUGAGAAAAGAUGAGAUGAAACUGCAAGCAGAAAUUGGUCAGUCAUGUCCCUAAUUCAGCAUUCCAGGGC